AUGGACGAGACCAAGAGCUGCGAAUACCACCGCACACGCAUGGCCCAAAUCCUACACACCACCGCUCGUCAACUGGGCGAAGAGGAGAUGUUCAAGCGACUCAACGAGCGCUACCUCCCCAUCACCAGUCGCGAAGACCACCCGGACUACGCCGGCCAGCCGAACCCCCACCUCGACCGAGAUAUAGAGGCAUGGGAAGUGCGGCUGGCGGCGCAGAACCUGAAUUGUCGUUCGGCAGCCGGACCCGACAGAGUUACUAACAAAGCCCUACGCAACCUGAGCGACUCAGCCAUCACAUCGCUGACACGCUACUACAACGAAUGCUGGCGAGGCGGCAAACUGCCCAUGGCCUGGAAGACGGCAAAGACCAUCCUGCUGCCAAAGCCAAACAAGCCACCGGGUAUAGAGGGCCUGCGUCCCAUCUCGCUCCCGUCCUGCGUGGGCAAAGUGCUGGAGCACGUCCUUAACACCCGGUGGAACCGCUACCUGGAGGCGCACAACAUCUACCCGGACUCGAUGCUCGGUUUCCGGGCCAAGUUGGGAACGCAAGACGGCAUGCUCCUGAUCCAACGAGAAGUCCUCGACCCACCGGGCGGGACUCCGAAGAACGACAACCGAGCGAUCUUGGGCCUGGACCUGCAGAGCGCCUUCGACAACGUCAGGCACUCGGCGGUCCUGGCUCAGGUGUCCCGCCUGGGGCUGGGCGCAAGAUCAUACAACUACAUCAGAGCCUUCCUCACUCGCCGCACGGCCAGGCUGGAGGUGGGAGGAACGAAGCUCGAAGAACGAGAGCCGGGCAGUGUCGGGACCCCACAGGGCUCGGUCAUCUCCCCGUUCCUGUUUAACAUCAUCAUGAUCGAGGUGGCCAAACGCCUGGAGGCGCUGGGCCCGGGGAUCCGACACUGCCUCGACGCCGACGACGUAACCAUCUGGGCCACGGGUGGAAGCGACGGAGACAUCGAAGCGGGCCUGCAGGCGGCGGUGGACGCCGUGGAGUCUGCGCUCUCGGGCACGGGCUUGCGGUGUUCGCCGCAAAAAUCACAGCUACUCAUCCUGCCACCACCUGGGAGGCACAGAAAGAAGGCAAGCCAAGAGGCAGCCGAGAACAUCAUCGUGCGCACCAGUGACGGUGUGCCGAUUCCGCACGUCCCGGGGCUCCGAGUCCUGGGGAUGUUCGCGGACGGCACCCAGACCAACGCCACGGCGAUCAAGAACAUCACAACCAAGAUGGGCAUCGCGGCGCGCCUGGUCAAGCGAGUAUCGUCCCGCUACCGGGGCAUGAACGAGAGGGGGCUCCUGCGUCUGCUGCAGGCUUUCGUUAUAAGCCACGCGGCAUAUGCGGGGGCCUUCCACCGCUGGACCGGCGCGGAACGAGCCAAGAUGGACGCCGCCAUCCGGAAGGCCUACGCGGGGGCUCUCGGGCUCCUACCAGGCACAAAGACAACAGCCUUGCUGUCUCUGGGAGCACACAACACGCUCUCGGAGAUCAGCGAGGCCCAGAGAGCUUCGCAGCUGAGCCGCCUGAGCAGCACAGCCGCGGGCAGAAGAUUACUCGAUCGGGUGGGAUUACUACCUCCCGGAGAACGCCCGGGAGCAGGACCGGACGGGGAGCCAGAAGAACAAGUCCCCCUGAGCGACGAGGCAGCGAGGAAGAUCAUCGUCUACCCGCUGCCAAAGAAUACGAACCCGGAAAGGGAUGCGGGCAGGCGAGCGGCGAGAGCAGCGGCGCUGGCCCGGCAACAUCAGAGAGACGAGGGCGCAGUCUACGUGGACGCCGCAAGGUAUCCGGGAAGACGCAACGGCUUCGCAGCGGUGGUGGUCAGCGCUACUACCGGUAAACUACUAACGGCAUGCACCGUGCGCGCCCGAACAGCCGGCCAGGCAGAGGUGGCGGUGAUAGCCCUGGCCACAGGUUGGCCGGGCACGCGCACGGUGCUAAGCGACUUGAAGCAGGCAAUCAAGAAUUUUGCCCGAGGCGUGGUCUGGCGGGGCACGGAGCGGCUAGUGAGGUCCAUCGUGGCUUCGCGGGCUGCUUGCGGUGCCGCUGCAGGGCCAACCAUCGCUCUCAAAUGGUUCCCAGCCCACAUGGGACGACAACUGGCUCCCGAUAUCGAGAACCGCAACGAGGAGGCGGACGCUGUGGCCCGUGAUCUCAUCACGUGCCGGACCGCGGCAGCCCGACCCCCCGAAACCAGCGGUGAAGAACGUGAAGAAGACCUCGACCCCCUCACCGACUACGGAGGGAUCCUGGCGGCAUACAGAGAGGCCAGGAGAGCCUUUCCGCCCCCGCAUCAUGAACUGUCACGUGCGGAAGCAGUGCAGCUCCGACAAUUGCAAACAGAAUGCGUGCUAACGGCAGCAUUGGCCCGGCACGUAUGCCCCGACAUGUUUGUGGACGCAAAGUGCAGCGUGUGCGAACGUGAACUAGCCACCCUCCGCCACAUCAUGUGGGGCGGGUGUAACAGUGCUGUGCACAACGGGAACGGGCAGUGCCAGGACGCCACGUAUCCCAAAGUGGUGGGAGCUUCGAUACGCUCCGAAGACUCAACGACGCAACGAAGGGCCAUCCAGCGGCUUGAGGAGGCUCUGGCAAAGCAGAAGAGAAAGGGAGCCGACGCCCCGGACGACGGGAGCGGAGGAGCCCGAGUAUCCAAUGCCUAG